AUGGAUACUACAAAAAGCUUAAAUGAUGUGGUACAAUUACUUUUAUGCCAACAGAUUGCUGCUGAGGGUGUCAAAGAAGAAGAUUUGGAACGUUUAUUUAAAAGGUAUGCUACUUAUUUUAUUUUUUGCUUGUUUUAGGUAUCAAGAGUUGAUUCAAGAUGGAGAAGAGAUUGGAUUUAUGUUAAAAAUGACUUGUUUUGUGUACCAAAUAACCGUUUAAUAUUAUUUUGCAUUUUAAAUAUAGAAAUAUAAAUUUUUACAAUGAUUUCUUUGCAGUUUUUCUUCAUUACCUAAACAUACGCCAAGAUAUGAACCAUUACAAGUGAUAACAGAAAAAGAGAAGAUAAUAUCACAUAAGAAUGAAGUGCCAAGUUCUCCAGAACGUGUGGCACCUUUGAAACCAUUGAUUCCAAGCAAUAAUGGCAUUAACAAUGGUGCUUCAACUAGUAAAUUGGAUAUUAUCAGUGCUACCUCUGCUGCGUAUGUUUAUAUCAAUGUUUUUUGUAUUUAUUGUAGACUUGGGUAUUUAUAUUUUUUGAAUUAGAAAAGGUACUUUGUUAUAGUUUUUAGUAGUUAGGAUGUUGUAAAGUGUUUUAAAAAUAAUGGUUUUGUUUUAAAUAUUGCUUUAGGUAUUAAUUAUGUAUGUUGAUGUCUAAAAACAACGAAGCUUAGAGUAAACUUAAUUUCAAGCAUAAAUAUGUGUUUAAACGUAUAUAACAAAGUCUGUAGAUUAUAAUUUAAUUAUUUUACAGUGUUCAAGAGCUUGAAAAACAGACAUGGGUACCUAAAGAAGUUGGAACUUACAGUCCCAUUCAGGUCUUUAUAGAUCCUGUAAGUUUUUCAUAAUAUUGCUGGAAUGCUAAAAUAUUGUUAACAUAUUUUAAUAUACUUUAAAAGUAUGUGAUAAUACGUUAUUCUACGUAAAAGUUUCUUUAGGCAUGAAGCCAACGUGCUCUUUACUUAAUUAUACGUUAGGUUUAGAGGAUGGCGUAGGAAGUCAUACCUAUAAUUAUACUUACUGUCUUAAAGUAAUUGAGCUUCUUUUACGUUUCAAUUUGAUAAAAUGAAGUUUAAAUUAAUAUUUAGCCUCAGAGUUUUUGUUGUAACUCACAUAGACAUAAUGAUCUUAUUCAGAUCUUACUUACUAAACCAGCUUUUUUUACAAUAUAAUUUUAAAAUUUUAGUUUUUCCUAUUUUUUUAUUUUCUUUAAUAAAAUUUUAAUAUUUUAGCCAUCUUUGUCAUCCGCGGCGAUGUCAGCUCAACCGUCAUCGAGUCAGACAGAGCCAAAUGAUCUGUCCUUCAUUGAUCUUCCAGAAAUGAAUGAACAAGCAGUUGUAAGCAGGAUUUGUAAACUCAGAUCUCAGGGAAAAUGGAGUUUGACCAGGUUACCUUUAUGUUUGGAGGCUCCGCGACAGAAAGUGCAUCACGACUACUUUUUGGAGGAGAUUCAGAUGAUGGCAGUGGAUUUUAGGCAAGAAAGGGAUCUCAAGAAGAAGUUGGCUAAAAUGGUAAGCAUUUUUAUUAUUUGUUUUUGGUUUUAGGUACGAAAAUUAAGAGUUUUUAUUCAAAGUGGAUUUUUUUCGUUAAAAUUUAUUAAAUUAACAAAAAUAUUUUCUAAAAUGGCAUUUUUGUAUUUAUUUUAUAAUUUUUACGCAGUUUUUUUUUAAUUAUUUUUUCUAGCUUUAAAAAACUAUAAUAAGAUGAACUCAUACCUAAAUUUUAUAUUUUUAGUUAGCAGAAGAAGCCGCAGAUGUUGUGAAAGCCAAGCAGAAGGAGAAUAUGCAAAACGAACCUCCAGUCGAAUCAAAGAAGAAACGCUUAAAGUAUUUUGAUCUGGAAAACAAAGUCAUCUCAACUUUGUUGGAGAACAACUGGAAUGAACAAGUUUCCAGCUUUGAGCACGCUGAAGAACAACAGUUUGUGGACUCUCUGAACAAUCCUUGGUAUCAUGGCCAAAUCAUUGAGCCGGAUCCAUUUGCUUAUACUGAUGAUUUGUCGCCGAUGGAAUUCAUGGAUGAUACUCAGCCUUUGCACGACAACAGCGAAGCUCCAGAUGCGGCUUACUUUGCCGAUUCUAUGGGAUAUUCACCUAAGAGUUCGGAAGAUAUCAGUGGAGACGAUUCAAGGACAGUAACCUCUACAGUCGAGCAGAUUGAACCGACUUUGGAUGGGUUCAUGGUGGAGCGAACUCCACCACCUCAACAAAGGCUUGAGGUUGUGGAGCCACCGCUGAAGAAGGGCACAGGACAGAAGAAGAAGCAUGAAGAUCCAUCUAAGAGAUUGUAUGGAAAUCAGUAAGUUAUUCAUGGUUUUGUUGGCGCUUUUGAGGUUUUUAUGGCUUUUGCAAUAUGAUGAGGCUAAUAUUUUAAAAAAAAUUGUGUUAAGUUUGAUAUUUUAGGUAAUAUUACAACUUUUCUUAAGUAAAAGCCGUUUUGUAUACAUUUCCUAGCGUUAUAGUCUUUUUUUAGAGUUUUGGUCCUAGCAGACCCCAACCCAUUAGUCAAACCUGAUGGCAAACCCGGCUACACUCCAACACCUUAUCCAGCGGAAUGGGUAGAAGCGGACGUUCCACCAUGGACAAUAAUCGAAGAUGUUUGUCUGUUAAGGACUAUGGUAUCACAACUAAAAGCCCUCCCGUUACCUGCUUAUGUGGCUAGGUCUUUUUGUGUGAAUUGGGAGUUGAUAACGAGGGCGGUUCGAAAGGUGUCAUUCUUUCAUCGUACCCAAUUCAGAUGCUGCUUAAGAUUCAGGGAACUGAUUGGAGCACAAAAGAAAUUGGCACCGACUGAUAAUGCUGAUCUACCGAGUGUCACCUUUGAUGGAUUGGAGCUGCCAGAAGUGUUUGAUGAAAGGGUUAAGGGCAGCACUAUGCCUAUUACAAGGUGA